AAGAGAGAAUGCUAAUUGGCGCGAUGGCUAGUGGUGUGUUGUAAUUUGUGCCCGAGGAGUUUGUGUGUAUUGGUUGGUGAAAUGUGAUUAUUUCAUUCGUAUUAACUUCAGUUUAGUGUCCAGUGAAGUGUUGUAGAAAAUGUAGUGGUGUACAGACUCUAUCCCGAAACCGACUCAUCGAAAUUUUUUUGGUUUUGUUAAAUGUCAUCAUCUGUAGCAGUCGUGACUCGAGCGUGAUUUCACUUCAGACGUAGAAUUAAAUAAUGUCAUCGCUUCAGAAGAAAGUUCUUAAAACUAAUCUCCCUCCUGGCCCGUCUGUUGCAAGAAGGCGCCUUGCAGUGGGCAGUAAACGUGAUUACGCUCCCACAAAAUGGAAUAAAUAUUUCAGUGAAUAUGAAGAUGUGCAUGUUCGAGAAAACACAUUUCGUGUGUAUAAGCGAGGUGACAGUGGUCCUGCUUUGGUUUUAUUACAUGGUGGAGGAUUCUCUGCACUUACUUGGGCAGUCUUUUCAGCAUCGGUGACAAACUUGGUUGCGUGCCGAGUUCUGGCUAUUGACCUGAGGGGCCAUGGUGACAGUGAAACGACAGAUGAUGAGGACCUGUCUGCUAAGACAAUGGCAAGCGAUGUUGGAGAUACUAUAAGCAUGCUGUAUGGCACUGAUGCUCCCCCAGUAAUUUUGAUUGGUCACAGCAUGGGUGGGGCAAUUGCAGUUCAUGUUGCUGCUGCUGAUUUAAUACCAUCACUUUGUGGACUAGUGGUAAUAGAUGUUGUUGAAGGGACUGCUAUGGAUGCUCUUACAAGUAUGCAGAGUUUCUUACGUAGCCGCCCCACUGGGUUCAAAUCAAUAGAACAAGCUGUCGAAUACAGUGUUCGUAGUGGACAAGUCAGAAAUUUGGAGUCAGCUAAAGUUUCUAUGCCUGGCCAAAUAAAGAACUGUGUUACUAACAAGGCAGCUACAAAUGACCUUAAUUUGUAUGAACCUUCAGAGGAAUCACUCGUUGCUGAGAUAUUAUCUUCCGAGAAUGUUAUCCAAGAAGAACCAAGUGGAGAAGAAAAUGACAACACUUCUUGUAGUGGUACAAAUGCAACUCAUCAUACCAGAGACUCUUCAGAUACAGAUGAUACGUGGGAUCAACAAAGCUGUUCUGUCCAAGAAAAGAAACGCAGUAGAACAGCUGACAAAUAUACGUGGCGAAUAGACCUAGCAAAGACAGAGAAAUAUUGGUCUGGAUGGUUCAAAGGACUGUCCAACAUUUUUUUGAAUUGUCCAGUGCCAAAAAUGUUAUUGUUGGCUGGAAUAGAUAGGCUGGACAAAGAGCUCAUGGUUGGGCAAAUGCAAGGUAAAUUCCAGUUGCAAGUUUUGGGACAGUGUGGCCAUGCUGUGCAUGAAGAUGUUCCAGAAAAACUAGCAGAUAUAAUGGCAUCAUUUAUGGACUUUCCCUGCAUGCUAAAAAAUAAGAAAGAGUGCAAGAAGACAAGAAACUGGGAAAUGCAAUGUGUUCUGAGGUGGAGAAAUUGGCUGACAGUUCUGCUCUCAGAAGAUGCCUUUGAUGCAGAAGUUCUUCCAGCUCCUUUGGGUAAAGCUUUUUAUCUCUGCAAGUACACAGCUGCUACUUCGCCGUUGAAUUCCAGCAUGUAAGAGCUGAGCAGUAUGCAUUAUGAAGGUUCAGAAAAUCGUUUCAGUGGGGAGCAGCUUUAACUUUCAGUUUCCUGGUCCCAACAGUGGUUGUUCAAUUGUAAGGUGUACUUUUGUGCUGUUCACAAUACUGUAAAUUUUGAGAGGGAGAAACUGAGUUCAAUGGCUGUACAACAAAUAAUAUAAUAAAUGAUUUUUACCUCCCUCAAUAAAAUAGAUAUAUAUAUAUAUAUUAUUAACAUCUUGCCUGUUGUUAUGCAUUCUCAAUGGUCUUUUGGCAAAAAAGGCAUUAUUCAUGUCUGCUAUAUCCUUUUGUCUUCUUAUAUGAAUGAAAUGAUGAUAACUUUCAUUACUAUCACUUACAACAUCUGCAAAAUAUAACUUCAAACUGCAGCGUAGCAGUAUUAUUUCAUACAUCCAGAAUGUCUGCCUUUUUGGACGUGUUCCAUAACAAGAGAGAGUAAGAGUGAGUGUGUAGCAUACUGUAGGAGAAAUUAAGAUAUUUAUUACUUGCUUAGACAAAUUCCUGAGUAGAUUAAUAAAUCUAAUUAUCAUCUCUACACAUUUUUACAUCUUCAACCACUCUCUGCAUGAAAUGGUACAGUGUCAUUAAGCCCUUUCUUUGCUUGUCCUAAAGUAGAUAUUAUGUUCAAAUCAUGUCAGCAAAUUUCUUUUUGCUGCUGCAUCAAUCCUCUGAAGUUGCAUUUCAUGUUCCGUACUCGAGUAAUUUAACAUGUUGACUACCAUGAGGCCACUGGUGGACACAGUGGAGCCUUGUGACUGACAUUGCGUGCCCGCUGACAGCCACACAUUCAGUCUAGUAGUGUGCAUUAACUGGUAUUCCUUGAUUAAGUUGAUUCUAGUAUACAGUAAGUCUGGUACUGUAUCUUGUUCAACUUUUAUUAUUGUUAUUAUUAUUAUUAUUAUUAUUAUUUUGCAAGUUUACGUUCAAUGGUUUUUAUUACUAAUUCUUUACAAAAUUACAUCAUGGCUCUAAAUCCAUUAUGAAGCUGAUUCCUAAUUUACCUUUUGAUAUGGACAGUGAGACUUCCUGUCAUAUAACGUGAUUGUAAAUGGUUUUCACUCAAAUAAAUCCCACACUGUCAACAUUUUAAAUUUCCAAAAACUGACUGGUUUCACUGAAGAAUUAUUGAGGAUGUCGAAAAAAUAAGGUUUUUAUGGUGAACCAGAGUUAUCAUAGCUUUCUUGUAAUGAGGAUGUGUUUGUGGGCACAACUGAUAGCAACACCAGUGACAAUGACGUAUUGGUAAUGGUGGUGAUGAUGGAAAUAGACACGAAGAAACCUACGGUAGUUUGAACUGUACGAGGCCACAACUAUGACGAAGGCUAAACUGGUAAUACCAUCCAUUUACAGGCUGCAUUGAUCCGCAGUAUGUGAUUAACAGGGUGCAGGGGAUUGUGAUGGAAUUAUGAACACAACUUCCAAAGAUAUGCUGUAUUGAACAGGGUGGAACUAGGGGCUGCCUGCUGACACACAUCGGGCAUGAGACUGCUGCAUCAGCCAGUGGCCUUGUGGCAGCCAACUUGUUAAAAAUGCAUCCCAUUCAGUUACACUACUCACCAAUGCCUUAUGUGGAUGCACAUGAGAAUUAUUACACAUGUCUCCACUUUCUUUUACUCUUGGAACCCAUUGUGCAAUAUAGCACAGUCUUCUUGACUUCGUCAAAUUCUAUUUUGAGCAUAAGAAUGAAAAUUAUCAUAGUUGUGAUUGUUGUUGUGUGUUGUACAGUAUGCAUUAAAUGGGCAAUAUUGUACUCGAUUUUGCCUGUAUAAAUUUGUUUUAUUUUGUGUUACUUGUACUUUAACCUAUAUAGUUUGCCUCUGACUGUUGUAAGCAAUGUUGACUCUUUACUGUUAUCGCCUUUUAAUGUUUUAAUGCCUUUUGUUUUUCAUAAAUCACUGCUUUUAUACUAUAAUGGGAAGCAAAAGAUAACAUCUCAGUUUUUAGCACAAAUUGUGUCCAAAACACUUUUUCUCCUAACUGAUAAGAACCAUUCAUUUGAUCAACUUAUUUUCAUAAUUUGUUGAAUAUUUAUUUUUUUCCUAAUACCAGUGCUUUAGUGCACUUGUCUUGAAAGACUGUUUGAUACUAUGUACAAAUUUCUUCAAAUGGUAUUACGGCCAAGAUAAAACAAAUCUUUUACUGCAAAGGGUCCAUAGAGUUAUGAUACAGAAAAGUAACAAUUCUGGAAAUGAUUGUUUCCAGGUAUAUUUUUGAAAUACAUAUUGCCAACACACUUUUUGUGGACAUUUGAUGAACAAGCCAAUUUGUAUUCUGAUUUCUUUGUUGUUUAAAGUUGAAAAUAUAUUUAUUUCAUUCCUUGGAGUAGACAUUAUGCCAUAACUGUAACUUAUCACACCCUUCAAGUAACUUUGCAAUGGGCCGAAUUCAGACGAUUUUUUUUAUUUUCCGCUAUGACUGUUGGAUGAAAUAAAAUAAAGUGUUCUAAAAAUGUUUGUUUGUAGAACAUUCUUUAUUUUCCACUACUAGACCAAGGAGAUUGUGCAGAAGGGUGCCCCAAGAUGUGUAACAUUGAAAGAAUUGUAUUGUAAGUUUGGUUAGAGUUCCACAUUUUGUUUGGCAUUCCGGAUCUACAGAAUAGAAUUAUUUAAAAAUAUGACUUGCCAGCAGGUUUCAUGUGUUUUGUCCUAGAGUUAUUUUCUUGUAGACAUAGAGAAUUUGCAUUGGUCAUGACAGAAAAGAAAUAGCCAAAUCAAGCUUAGGAUCUUUCCUAGGCUCACUAUCCAUAAUCUUUUUUCACUUGCACACAACAUCUGUAAAAAGCUUGCAUUUGUAAUAGUAAUUUGAAUAACCAACAUCUACAACAGUUACUGAUAUUUAUUAAUUAAACAACCCACGAUUUUGAUAACUACAGUUGAUUGUCAAGGUGCGGUAUGUAUAAGGAGAGGAAAAUUUCACAAAGAUGACUAUGUGAAAUUUGCAGUUUUGAGCAAAAUAGCAUGAAGUCAAUGAUUUUUACGAGAUGUGCUAUAAAUUUGAGUGUGUGAGUUUACUUAUAUAAGUAACUGAUAGUUAUUAAAUGUUAAAAUCACAUUUUUAUAUCUAGUCUCCACAAGGCUGAGGUAUGUAUAUAAUAUUAAAAUCACAGUUCAUUUUCUGUGUAACAAAUUCUGAUGUGAUGACAAAAAUAGUGUAGAAAUUUGUAAAAAUAAUACCAAAUUUGGCAAAAAACACUGAAUGUGACAAAACGGACAGAAUUUGGUAAAAUGUAAAAUUUGGCAUAAAAGAUGCCGAAUUUGGUGAACUUGUAUUAAAAAAAAAUAAAAAAAAAAAGAAUAAAUGGACAAACCACCUG